CUGCAGCCGCACAAUGAGCGCGUUCCCUCUCCCAUCAGCGCCGCAGACGCGCAGUGUGUUCUCCAGCGGAGCCGACUGCGUUUAGAGCACGUCGUCGCGGUAUCGGUUUAUUUCCCGCAGCAGCAGCUGCCUCCUCUUGCUCUGCUCUCCGGAGAGUGGAGAGGGGCGCGCGCGUGCGACGACUCGUCUCGAUGCGACGCAGUGCUGCUGUGUGCUGCACUGUGUACGUCGCGUACGCGUGCGGAGGAGAGGGACCACCACCGGAAAUCGGUCCGUCCUUAUUCGAGGCUCGCGUGAACCACCGCUCGGCUCUCUCUCUCUCUCUCUCUCUCUCUCUCUCUCUCUCCUCCUUCUCCCCCUCUUCUUCUUCUUCUUCUUCGGCGAAGCCUGCAGUGUGCGGGCCGCUACCAGAUCGCUCGCCGGGGACUGAGUGGCUUUUGUGUAGAUCACGAGUGCGACGCAACGCCCGGGUGUGGAGGGAAGGUUAAUCGAAACCGCGUCUUCCUCGCCCGUACACGAGGGGAGAUUAUUAUUAUUCUCCGCGUCACGAAGAAUAAGAGAGAGAGAGAGAGCGAGACGGGGGCGUGGGCGCGGGGCUUUCGGGAAGAAGCUAUCAGCCGUCAUGAGAAUCGCUAAUACCGGCCCGGGCUAUCGAUCCCCGGCAGUUAUUUUUAUCUCGGCUCUCCCGCGGCCGCGUCUCUGUGUGCCGGGGGAGCGACCUCUCUUUGUAGGAAACAUACACACACACAUCCGCGCUUAUCGCGACGCACACGCGAGCCGAGGAGAAAAUGGCCGCGGCCUGGCGAACGCGCGGCUUUACGCAAGCUCGAGGCCGAGCUCGUUAGCGUCGCGCGACCAGCGGAGGCUCGAACGCUGAGGAAGAACGCCGCGUUUAUUCUGUACAACUGAUCAACAGUUGGAGAAAAAAUCAGGGCGACGGGCGAUCGAUACUCCAAUCGGAAUAAUGAAAGUCGCUCGUUCGCCAUCGGGCGUCGUACACGCAUAUGCGCUGUGGAGCGCGCGAGGGUCGCGCAGACCCGUGGGACCAAACGACGGGAGGAGGGCCAGCAUGAAAAGACCUAGUCGACACUCUCGACGACUGGAGCCCACGGUAUACCCGCAGCACGGCUCUCCCUCUCUUUUUGUGCUCGUCGUCGCAGUCGUCUCGUUCCCCCUCUAUGUAGUCGGCGCGUAUGAAUUGAUCCGUGCGGGGCGGAAGAGCGAGUUAGCGGGACGAGCAAGCGAGCGAGAGAGAUGCAAAUCACGGCGAGCUUUUAUUGAGGAGCGUCAAGACAGCGGCCCCCCCCUCUCUCUCUCUCUCUCUCUCUCUAAUUUCUUUAUUCGACGUCCAGCUACGCGCUCGUUGCUGCCUCGACAAUUCAACGCUCCAAUGAAGCCAUUAUUGCCUUUCCUUCUUUUUUGCGAGGCUCCGAACCGAUUUACUUUCCAACUGGUCGCCUGCAUGUGCCGGAGAACGUUCGAUUGCGUAAGCGCGACGAACGCGCACUGCGCUGGAUGCGUGCUUCGCUCGACUCAGCGCUAUCUUAUCGCCUCGCUCUUACAUCGCGCGGCCCGAACUUUUCCUUGUCGCUUCUUCGACGGCAGCCUCGGGGAGCAUCAAAACACGCAAGCAUCCUUGCAAGGUUAAUCAAGAGACUGCGGCUGACGCAACGGUGAACCUCGACGCGUAACCCAACGCCGUAAAGAGAAAAGAAAGGAUCGAGACUUUAUCUCUCGCGUGUGCGCGAAGCUGCCGCUACUCCUGCUGUAUCGUCUUUCCGCCGUCGACAGCGCGGCUCGACGAUAUUAUUACCUUGCUGUGCUGUGCGCUCUCGCUCUGCGAAAAAACUGACGAGUCGCGAACAAUAUAAGUACGCGCGAUUUACGUAAGCUUCCGUCCUGCAGGCGACACACGCACGCAUCGCGGUUUCCACGUUGUUGGUCUCAAGGCUAGCUCAUAUGGAAAUGUUGCUUUCCUGGUAACGACGAGGGCUUUUCUCUCUCUCUCUCUCUCUCUCUCUCUCUCUCUCUCUCUCUCUCUCUCUCUCUCUCUAUCUAUCUAUCUCGCCCUUUCCCCAGCUGCGCCCAGCUGUAGUCGCACGGCGAGCAUGUGCGGCCGUUCUCCGGACGUCCUCGGCUUUACGAGCGCGAUCGAGUCCAAUAAAGUUAAAAUAAAGACUGCGCGCAGCGCGAUACCAAACAAACAAAGUCGCGUUCUUUGGAAACGCACUGAUCUUUGAAGUGCUCUUUUUUCUCUUUGCGAUCGACUUUGAUGAUGAGGCGUAAAAGGUACAGGGCCCAGCAGAAGUUUUUCAAGUCGGAUGAUGACGCGUGGCACCACGCAGCAGCGGUGUUAACCCCGUUUUCCUCGUAAACGGCUGAUGUACAACAGGGCACGUGUGUGCGUUUAUGGGCACAAGUGGAUAUUUAUGCAGUUUCAUGAGCGAAGGUGAACGGUUGUAAACUCUGCUGACUAAGUGCAUAAUUUUCUCCGGAGGCGCGCACAUCGGAUGGAAAUUUAUGCUGGUUUCGGUAUCGUUUCGUUAGAGUAAAAAAUGUGAGCCCGCACGGCCUCGCGGAAUUUAAAUGUAUCCCGGAUCGAUUCCCCCGACUGCUCGGCUUGGGGGCCAAGCCUCGCUUCCUGCAUCUUCCCGUGACGCCACUACGUCACACGGACAGGCCGUAUCGAUCCGCAUCGUGCGGUUCCGAAGCGUCAAUGGGAGCACUUUGUGCGUGCGAGCUAGCCGGCCGCGCGCAGGGGGAGUCGGCACUGUCGGCAGGCAGCAGAGAGACGUCGUCGAGCGCGCCGAGGGGGGUGCGCGGACUGCGAAGCGAUCCGAGAGAGAGAGAGAGAGAGAAGGAAACAGUCGCCGGGACCGGGUAUCUGCCCGAGCGAAGGGUGGCGAACCCCCUGAACGAUUCGGCGCCGAUGACCUUCCACCCUCCGCUUCCCCAUGCGCAGCCCGCCCAGCUCCUUCUUUUCUUCUUUCGCUUCGAUUUCCAUCUGCAGCCUGUUUACCUCCACUCCCCCUCCGCUCGCGCGCGAUGCUCAUCUCUGAGUCUCAAUCUGCGAUCGAAGAGAAAUGCCCGCGAAACGCGCGCAGCGAGUGACUCAAUAGAGUCAUCCGCGCAACGACUCUCCGCUGCCGAUUAUUCAAAGCAUUCAAAAGCAGUCGUGAGUCGGAUAAAACGCAUUGCUCGACUCGCUUAUCUGGCUUAAGUCGCAGAGACGCCAGUCGCCGGUUCGCCCGGAGCACGAUCAUUGGUUCGCCAGCGCACAGCUGCGCCCGCAGCGCUCGCAGCGCUCCCCGUCUCCCGCACUCUCGUAUGCUUAGGCGCUUUUUCAUUUCUCCUCGGCGUUGCUGCCUCCCCCUCCGAGAGAGCCUACUCGUACGGACUCUUCCCUGUGGCAAUUUUCCGUGCGCAACGUUGCCUUCCUCCGCUGCGUAACUAUCGGCCAAGGCAGGCUCUCGUGGCCGGCCAAGCAGCUUCGUGGCUCGCAGCGAGACGGCUGCUACGGGGAAAGAAAAGCGAAGCCAGGGAGGCUGCAAGUUUGCGCGAAAACGUCGGCGCGCGCCAUCUUGCAUCCGCGAGCAACGCGCCAUUGCGCGUACACGAGGUGUUCGGACACGAGUGUGGCAAUGGCGCAGCAUUCUCGGUAAUCAUCCCCGCAGGUAUGCACGGAGCCGAGAUCGGCAGAGCGACGCACCGGUCCCCGCAGCACGUUUCGCGCCGGCGUCUGCACAGGGCGGUACCGCCUCUCUCUCUCUCUCUCUCUCUCUCUCUCUCUCUCUCCCUCUUUCUCUCUGAUGCCCUUUCGACCUUUUCCUCUCUCGCUCUCUUAUUCCACAAUAGCCAUCCAUUUCCAGCCAUCCCCCGGCUGCCGGCCGAGCAGGCGCGCAGCUGCCGGUGUAUACGCCGUCUCCCGGCGUGUCUCCCCGUCUCUCUCCCUCUCUCUCUCUCUCUCUCUCUCUCUCUCUCUCUCUCGGGGCUCGGGCACACACCACACGCGCAGUGCGAACGAGCGCCGCGUGCCGCGCUCCGUGUCUCGGCCGCCGUGACUACGAGCCGUCACGAGCCAGGCGCAGCCGCCGCCGCCGCAGUCCGCUCCGAUCCGCGCGCGAGAGCGAACCUCUGCGCAGGCCGCUUUCCGCCUCGACUUUACGAGUUUACGCCUUACACGCAGCUGCACAGCCCUUGGGUGCGAAGCGCGCACGUGCGGUGGGGAGGUUAGGAGACGGCGACGUUCGCCAGCAGCAACGCCACCAGUCCGCGCAGCCGAGUGUCGGUGCGUGCGUGUGUGUGUGCGCGUGUGUGUUUGAUCGGGUCCCGCAGGAUCGGCACGUGGAGAGAGCGCAGAGGUAGAGGAACGGCUCCCGCACUUGCGGCUUCUUGCCAUGAGCGCGCCGAUCCCCGCUCAGGGAGUGUAAACAGACGAGAGCCGAGAGUCUUGUGCACGCCCGGAGGAAAAUGGUAGCGUCUCGGCGCGCCAGAUAGCCGGACAGCAGCAGCAGCAGCAGCGCAUCGAUCGCGCCGCACGCGAGAGCCCGCGCCGGGACACACCUACGUGCUCGCUCGCCGAUACGCAGCCAAGACAGCUCGGCGGAAGCACAAGGGGAAGGAAGAGAAGAAGAUGCCGCAGUGCGCGGUAGCGACAUGCCGGAACAGCCACCGGCGCACGCGGGGCCGGCGCAUCCGGUACCACCGCUUCCCCCAGAUACCGGAAGUGCGCUCGCGCUGGGUGCGCGCCUGCGGCCGGGUGCCCCUCUCCAACGGCGACAUCCCCUUCAACAUCCAGACGGCGCGCAUCUGCUCGCUCCACUUCACCAACGACAGCUACGAGAAGGACAUGGAGCACCUGGUGCUCGGGCUGCCGGUCAGGUCGAGGCUGCGCCGCGGCGCCGUGCCGACCAUCGGCGUGCCCGUCAACGUCCAGCCGGUCACCAAGAUGCUCGUCGAGGACGCCAAGAGGUCGCUGCUCAAGGUCGCGCAUGCCAAGAUGCUCAAGCAGGGCAAAGCCGGCGCUAAGGGGGCGCCGCCGGACGGCAAGAAGCCCGCCAAGAACAACAACAACAACAACAACAAUGCUGCCGCCGCAGCCGCAGCCGCAGCCGCCGCCACCGCCGGAGGGGCGCUCGCCGCCGAGGAGAUCGACGGGAUCGACGUGCUGCUCGCGCUCGGGCUCAAGCCUGCAUCACACCUGAACAAGAUGCACGCGAUGGACAGCAGCGGCGGCGGCAACGGUAAGAACGCCCUGGAGAGCGGCGGGCCUUCGGAGCUGAAGCAGCGCGACGACGAGGACUCGCGCAAGUCGCCGAAGGUGCCCCAGAGCCAACAGAACGGCGCGGCGCUUCCCGAGGAGACGGCCUCCGCCGACCGCAACCUCGUCCAGUGCGUAGCCGCCAGCGGCUUGCCAGCCAAGAAGGAGAAGAAGGAGCCCCUCGACGACGCCGAGGCCAAUCUCCAUGUGCAGUCGCCGACGCGCAAGUCGUCGAAGCUUCAGGCGGAGCAGCCGACGACGUCGCCGGGCAAGGCCGGCCGGCCGAGCGGCCAGCGGGGAGCCCCGGCCAAGCUGCAGCUGGACGAACAGCAGCAGCAGCAGCCGCACUGCCGGGAGACCAGGAAGCGCAGAUCGGCCGAGUCGGCAGCCGCGCCGGCCAGCCUCUCGGCGAACGGAAGCGGCCCGCCGAAGAAGCUCUGCCUGGACCAGCGGGAGCAGUUCAUCAACUCGCUCAUCGGCUCGGACAAGUACACCGCGGAGCAGCUGGCCAGCAGGGCCGAGCAGCUGCGCGCCGAAGUGCAGGAGCUCGACGAGCUGGCCCGCGCCAAGGAGAUGGAGUGGAACGAAAUUCUGAGCAUGCGGAAGCUCAAGGAGGAGGCCUACCUGCGGAUCGAGCGCCGCCGCCAGAUAAUGGGCUUCAUGGAGGGCAACGGGCCGCUCGGCGCCGAGGGCCUCAUGCCGCCGGCGAGCCUCUGCCUGGCCCAGCAGCACUUGGACGCUUCCAACAGCCAGAGGGAGCCGAAGCUCCUCGUGGUGCCGAAGGAGGAGCGCUCGCGGGACAGCUCGCCGGCGUUCAAGCGCGAGAGGGCCUCCAAAGCGCAGCCGAGCUACCUGCAGCCGGGCCGGCCGCAGCAGCUCGGCGAGAACGGGCCGAAGAUGCAGCAGGCGGUCGACGCGCAGAGCCCGGAGCACAGGCAGAUCGGGGAGGGAAGGCAGGGGCCGAUCGUCGACGUCAGGUCCAUCAUCGCCGACUACAGGCUCCGGCACCCCGAGACUGUUCCCAGACGUAGGGGCCGCAGGAUGAGGAACUCCGUGAACGUGGGCCUCGGAGCCGGAGGCGCGAUGGUCGAGACCGUGGGGAACAUGGACUCCCGGCCGUCCAGCACGGACUCCUGCAAGAGCAACUCCAACCUCAGCGAUCCCAACAACGCGAUGAGCUUCAAGGACGUGCUCGUGCAAUUCGCAAAGUUGAGCCAGCAGCAAGGAGAGCCAAUAAAAACACCUCAAAAUUAUCCAGACGUGACGCUGCACCCGGUCGCAGCGACGCCCACGACGCAAAACUCCGCACCGCAGACGGGCUCGGGCUCGCUGCUCCACGGCAUCCUCACCAAGUCCCAGUCGCCGAGGCCCACCACUUUCUCGCCAACGCUGGCCAGGCUGCUCACGGCGCCCGAGAGGGAGAGGAGCGCGCCCGCGAUCACGCCCACCCCUCACCAGAGCGCGCAGCACCUUCUGCAGGCCUAUCAAGGCGCCAAUCCUGUCUCGAUCAGCGACUUCCUCUCCUCGUCCAAGGCCCGAACUGAAAUCACGAUAACUCCAGUUGUCAACAAUCCACUGCCGACUCACGCCAACAACUUGAUUCACGUCGACGACGGAGAGGACGAAACCUCGAUAAUCGAAGAGCGAGAUUCGCGGCUGCCCAUGGGAGCCAGGGAUAACGCAGAUGACAGGGACAGCCCACCGCGCUGCCAAGGCUGCCACGAGCGCGCGGCGCAGUUCGUGUGCGCUGGCUGCGGCAAUCAGUGGUACUGCAGUCGCGAAUGUCAGGUUGCAGCUUGGGAUGAUCACUCGGAGGUAUGUUCUGGAUAGGAAGAGGCCGAACAAUCGAAAGUGAAAUCGCAAAUGAAUCUAGUCAAGAGGAAAAAGCUGAGAAAGAGAAUGUAGGCAGAGGAAGAUCUGACGAAGAGAGAGAGAGAGAGAGAGAGAGAGAGAGAGAGAGAGAGAGAGAGAGAGAGAGAGAGAGAGAGUAUGCAAUCGUGGGCGAGUUGUAUAUUUUUAUGAAUCCUUAUUGUAUCUGUGACUGAAAUAGCUCGUCGUCAUUGCAAUGGACCAUGUUUGUAACGAGCUGACCUAGACUUCUAAGUUAUGCGUUUUACCCCACAUAUUGAAAGUUUUUUGUGAGCGUUCAUUAGAUGUGCAUUGUUCUUUUUUGUUUUCUUCGCACUUUAAAUCAAUGUGAUCAGUUUUAUUUUAUAAAAAAAUUACGUAGCUCAAUACGCCAAAAUAAUUUUAGUAUACAUUCUAUGUAUAAAUCUCAUGCGUUUAAAUGGAAUUACCUUCGCAGGUGAAGAGUUUAAACGCGCAGAGCGAUAGGUUUAAUGACAUGUAAAUAAUUCUAUACGAAUUUGCUGAUUCCACGUUCAGCGUAAGAAAAAUUUCUGAGCGUUGGUUAACAAAGUGCCAUGUGUAAGAUUCGUUCAUUAUAAUUGGACUAUCAGGCCAAAAUAUUUCUUUCGUUCAUCAGCCAGAAUUUCAGAAAUGAUUACUCUUCCAAAUUAUUAUUUAAGGGAGAUCGUCAUCAAUUUCAUCAACGUUUCUUUUGAUUAAUGCACUUUACUGCAUGCAUAUGAGAGAGCGAUUUAGUGACAUUGUAGUAAGAGUGAAAUGACGCGCAGUUCAAUGUAUUGCAAAUAUAUUAUGAUUAAACAUUUUCUCUUAAUGUAAAUUACUCGAAAAUUGCUCUUCAAAUCAAUUUUCAAAAUUGCAUAAUGACGUAUAAUACAGCCGUUCAUUAAACAUUUAAGUUUGUAAUGCAUGCCAGGGGGCAUGCAGUAGUACCAAACAGCUAUUUUAUACCAUAUUUGUUACCAACGUAAAAAUUUAGAUUUAUCGAAACAUUAGUCUUAGUUUAGAAUUAAGGACCUUUUGUAACGUUGUUGAUGAUGUGUUGCUGCGUAAGAGACACGCCUUCAACGCUAGAUUAUCUCAUCGACGAUUGUCCCAGACAUAAUCUGUAGUCCAAAGUUCCUACAGGUACACGCAACAUUACAUAUAUUUUUCCCAUUUAUGAAGCAAACCAAAAUAAAGUUUUUAAUCGUGUUCA